CGCGCAUGCGCGGUUUGUCUCCUUCACUUCGUCCUGCAGCAGUUAGUGUCAAAUCCGAAAUACAGGACGCGCUACAUCCACAGCUGUCGUUUCGCAUCGUUGUUUUUUUAUUUCUGCCUCGACAGCGACAGCACCCUCGGUAUAAUGGCCGUCCCUCCUGCGUACACAGACCUGGGAAAAUCUGCCAAAGACGUUUUCAGCAAGGGUUACGGUUUUGGGAUUGUUAAAUUGGACCUCAAAACCAAAUCUCAUAAUGGAGUGGAGUUCAACACAUCUGGAUCCACCAACACAGACACGGGAAAAGCUGGUGGGAGUUUGGAGACCAAGUAUAAGAUGAAGGAUCUGGGACUGAGUUUAAACCAGAAGUGGAACACAGACAACAUGCUCACGACAGAAGUGUCCGUCGAAGACCAGCUCACGCAGGGGUUGAAAGUGGCCCUGGAUACGUCUUUCGUACCAAACACAGGCAAGAAGAGCGGGAAACUGAAGACCGGCUACAAGCGCGACUUCGUCAAUAUGAGCUGCGACGUCGACUUCGAGGGUCCGGUCGUGCACUCUGCGGCGGUUCUGGGAUACGAAGGCUGGCUCUUGGGCUACCAGAUGGCGUUCGACACGGCCAAAUCCAAACUGGUGCAGAACAACUUCGCUCUGGGAUACAAGGCCGGAGAUUUCCAGCUUCACACCAACGUUAAUGACGGAGCAGAGUUCGGAGGAUCUGUGUAUCAGAAGGUCAGUGAUCAGCUGGAGACGGCCGUCACUUUGGCCUGGACCUCAGGCAGCAACAACACGCGCUUCGGAGUCGCUGCCAAGUACCAGCUGGAUAAAGAUGCCUCGUUGUCUGCCAAAGUGAACAAUGCCAGUCUGAUCGGAGUCGGUUACACUCAGAGUCUUCGACCAGGUGUGAAACUCACUCUCUCUGCCUUGAUCGACGGAAAAAACUUCAACACCGGAGGACACAAAGUGGGACUGGGCUUCGAACUGGAAGCGUAAAAGACACCGAAGAAGAGAGACCCGGUCCUCACGUUGUCCCUCCUACAUCACACACUAGCACUCGAUGACUAAAAACACUUAGAGGCAUGUUGACGGUCUUUGCAAGUCUGUGGGAGCUGAGUGAUUCAAUCUCAACCGGCCUUGAGAGCUGGCCUUCUAAGGGAAAUAUUUGCCGAUCACCUCAUUUAUUUAACUGCAGCCGUAUAUUUACGUAGAGCGCUUAGAGCAAACCAAAUGAUAAAAGUAACGGUAGAUUUGCGAGCUUGGAGUGUUUUUUUUUUCUGGUGAUGUCAGUGCAUGCUAAGCACUUGCGUUUGAUUUAUGAGCGACGGUCAAGUUGCAUGGUUGCAGUAGAGGUUAUUUCUCAGUAUACUGCAUUAGAGUGAUGUGGCACUUUUAGGGCUUUAGGCCUCACAGGAAACCGAGCAGACAAGCAUGUGUAUUUUUAGGGCUUGCAACACUCUUUUUCACACUCACUGAUGGUUAGAGAGCAACUCUGUAUUGUGGGAAAAUAUGCCGCUACCAUACAAUUUUAAAGCGUUUCGGUGUGCAAAUGUUUGUGCAUUGAGCUCUUUAUAGGCAGACAUCAAUGCAUUGUACAUACCGAUCACUAUUAUAUAUAUUGUUAUUAUAUAUAAUAACUAAUUUUGCAAUGUUGAGGAAGAUGGUCUUUGUACCUCAUUUUUCCACUGGAAAUUGAGAAAUUUUAAUAAACAAAGAAAAAUGUAA